GUGGCGCUGCUGCGGGAGGCUGGAGCUCAGUUGUCUGGCGAGGCGAUCGGGGCAGGAGCGCAGACCCCGGCGGCCCCCUCCCCAGCAAGGCAGAUGGAGCUGCCGGCCGUGGGCGAGCACGUCUUCGCCGUGGAGAGCAUCGAGAAAAAGCGCAUCCGGAAGGGUCGAGUCGAGUACCUGGUCAAAUGGAGAGGAUGGUCCUCCAAAUACAACACGUGGGAGCCGGAGGAGAACAUCUUGGAUCCCAGGCUGCUGAUCGCCUUCCAAAACAGGGAGAGGCAGGAGCAACUGAUGGGCUACCGCAAGCGAGGGCCAAAACCAAAGCCGUUGGUUGUCCAGUUGCCCUCCUUCGCACGCCGCUCUAAUGUCCUCACUGGCCUUCAGGACCCUGCGAUGGAGAACAGGUCCAAGCUGGACCUUGGCAGCUCGGGGAAAUGCCAGCAGCAUCAGUACGAGCUGAACAGCAAGAAGCACCAUCAGUACCAGCCCAAUGGCAAGGACAGCGCUAUAAAGCACCAGUCACACAGCAAAGGGAAGUACUACUACCAGCUGAAUAGCAAGAAGCAUCACCACUACCAGCCCGACCCCAAGAUGUACGAGCCUCAUUAUCAGGCAGGCAGCAAGGAGCCGCAGCAAGGACAGGCCUGCCUGGAUCACAGCAAAAGCUCCUUGAUGUCCCAUUCAGACAAAUGGUCCCACAGUGCAGCAAAAAGCUUGCUGAACCCAGUGAAGAAUCUAAACAGCACAGAAGGAAAGAACGGGGCUGAGAAGAACCUGUCCAGUGGCACAGGGCCGCCGCCGCUGCCACCACCUAGGGAUGGCGUGACCAGCAACGGUAUUGGGGGCAAAAUGAAGAUUGUCAAGAAUAAGAACAAGAAUGGCCGCAUUGUGAUUGUCAUGAGCAAGUACAUGGAGAACGGCAUGCAAGCUGUGAAGAUCAAAUCCGCACAGCCUCCCAAGAAGCGAAUAGCUGAGGACAGGACUACUAAGAAAGGGACUGAGGGCAGGCAAGAGUCCUGGAGGAAGCAUGGGGAAGAGAGAUGGCUGGCCUGUGAUCACAAGGGGAAAUCUGGGACCGAGGCAGGUCAGGCCCUGACUGAGGGUGGAACCAGUCCCCAGCUGGCUGCAUCGCCAGGCAAAGAACCACCCGUUCCUGAGCCGCAGCCCCUACAGCUCACCACCAAGCCAAACGGGGUCCCGUUAUCCUUGGAAUCUAGUCAGCAAGAGCACAAUCCUGCCACCAUGGGAGUGAACCUCUCCACCAGCUGUGGCGGAUCCCGUAAACGUUGCCUUUCGGAGCCUCAUGGGGACAAGGAGGCUGGAAAGAAACGCCUCACUUCCCGGAGCAUCAGUGUUCCCACCUGCUUAAGCCCUCCUGUCCCAGAGAGACCCGAACCCCCUGCCUUGCCUGCCUCCCAGCCGGAAAUCAUCCUGCUGGACUCAGACUUAGAUGAGCCCAUAGACUUGCGGUGUGUCAGGGCUCGAGGGGACAGCGAGACCGGCCUGGUGCAAGUGAAACCAGAAACUGUGCUGCCUCCAGCAGACAAGCCCGUGCCAGAGCUUCAGAAGCAGGUGGAACAGUUUGAGGUGGAGGCAGAGGAAGAAGAUGAGCCGGUGCCAGAGUUCAAGCCUUUCUUUGGGAAUAUAAUAAUUACAGAUGUGACAGCAAACUGCCUGACUGUGACCUUCAAAGAGUAUGUAACGGUGUGAGGAGGCUGUGGCACAGGCUCCUGGCACUCUCCCUUGGCAGCCUGGCACAUGACCCCUCCUCUAAGGUAUUGUUCUACCCAGAGUAACUAUAUGGUUAGGGCUAGUCCUACUGAGAUCGGACGCCUCCUGACCUGGAAGAAGAACAGGCAGGCACGGAAAUUUUGGCUGCGCUACAGGGUGGCCUUCUCGACUGGUUGGCUCCUGCAGUGCCAUCUCUGCCCUCGGGGGGGCGUGGUUCUUGGCAUUGGAAGGUGGUGAGGGUUGUGGCUUCCCAGUUAACACACGGGAGAGUUACAUAGUAUUAUAUUUUAACAGUGCUAACUUGUCAAGUGGUUCUUGCUACCUUUUGUAUGUGGUGUUGCUGAAAACGUAUUGUUUGAGCUGAAAGCGGGCCUCCCUGGGUGGGUCGUGCUAAUAUAUUUAUUUGUAGGUAUUUAUAUAAUGAAAUAUAAAAAUAAAUCCUAGAUUUAUGAAGCUUCCUAGAUCGCCAUAUUAUAUAUAUAUAUAAUUAUAUAAAAUACAUAUAUUAUAUAUAUAUAAACUAUAUCAGAUAUUUUCUGUUCUUCCUUUUUUUUUUGAAAAAAGCCACUUGUGGUUUUGUUUUCCUUGCCCUUUCUUUUCACAAAACUGCAGGUCUGUCCCUUCCUCUGGUAUAUAUUUUUUGAUACUGUCAACACAUGUUUUUUUUUUCAGUGUGCAACCCCCCCCCCCCCAUUAUCUAAAGCUAAACAAGCUAUUAUAGGAACUGCUGCUACUAGAAGUGUCUAAACUAUAAGCUUCCAAUUAUUAUUAAUUGCUUGAAUGUAAAUAUUAAAUGGAGAUGUUAAAAGUGCAUUUGAUGUUCUGCAGGUAGCCUAGGUCUGGGUUAUGAAGGCCAGCUGUAAAGUGGUGGGGCCGAUGGCCACCUGUUGGUCUUUUGAGGGUUGUAUCGCUGAGGAAGGAAAAAUGUGUCAUGCAAUCACUGCAAAGGACUAUAAACCUUUCCAAAAACAACAGGAAGUUUUGAGUGCCUUUGUUGUAACUUUGGUGUCUCUUGGAUCCCGCUGUUCUGCCCAUGGUCUAAGCAUAUGUUGUUCUGACUCUCCAGUCUUCAUUAGGAGGGUUACUUUCAAUGUGGUCAUUCUUCUCUGGUGCCGUGAGCUCGAUUGCCUCCAGAGUUCUCCCCCCAAAGGAAACACUGCAGUUUCUAAUACAUACAUGAAGUGGAACAGAAGGAGAUUGCGUAUUUUAUUUAUUUAAAUUUUUAGUCCUUUUUCCAAGGAGGUAUGGGCAGUAAAUAUUCUCCCCUUCAGUGCCAUUCUCCCACUAGCCAUGGGUAGGACACAAGGCUAAGCCAAAAUGACUGGCUGAAGGUCACCCAGUGUGUCUUGUGGCUGAAUCAGAAUUCAAACCCAGGCAUCUCUGAUUCUUGUGUAAUCCUCCAACCAACCGCUUCACAAGCUGGGUCGCUCAACUGUUUCAUGUGCAACAGAAUGGAAAAUAAAUUUUACAGAGGCUUUAGUACCCAAUCUCUGGAUUCCACAUAUGGUCUUAAAACGCUUCAUUUUAAAAAGGAGAGGCCUGACUUGCUAAGGAAUCCUACGCUGACAUAUCGUAGAGAAUGUUGCAAAGUUGGUGGUUUGUGUCUACUUGCUGAGGAAACUUCCAGGGAGUUAGGUUGCUGCCAGAACAGUAUUCCCAAGGGAAAACACUGUAGAGCUGUAGCUAUGGAUGUCAAUUGACCGUAUUGUUUGUGGCACUAUGAUUUCUUAAGAAUCUGUGAUGUUCCUAGAAAUAAAGGAUGUCCCUUAGAAACUA